CGUGCGCUCGAGGAAUAUCAAUCCGCGUUGAGCCUGGCGCAGCAGACGAUGGGGCUCACAAACGAGACGACAUUGGCGAUCGAAAAAAACAUGAUGCGCUUCCUCCAAGCACACAAAAUGGUCGAGGCCGAGAGCUGCCGAGUUUCAACUGCAGGGCACAUUUUUAGAGGUUCCAUCCGCGGUGGAAGGUUGUCAGUGCACCAGGCGCGUCAAAAGUCCCCGUUGAGCCAAUCCAAGCACCCCGAGCUGGAGCCCAAAGACAUCUUUCCCCACCCCUUUGUGCUCAGCGCGGCAGAUCCCGUGGUACAACGAAAAGUUAAUGCAACACCCAUGUACCAUCCUCCACGGGUUCAACGGAGGUCCCCGGCGUUGUUGGCAUCGACAAAAAGGCUCCCCUUAAAAAAGGAUGAGCCGGACCACACGUAUUCGCAGGUUCGAAAAGAUCAAAGUUUUGUUUCCCGAUCGACGCCGCCACGACGACAAGAAACCCAGCGAAGGCAGACUCCGCCGAAACCAUCCAGACUACCGCCUGUUGCAUCCUCUUUUCAGGGACCUGCGCGCAACUCCAAUCUCACGGCGCCAGCAGGGAGGAAUCGAAAUGGUCAGGAGGGCGGUCGAGUUACGCCGAAGCAAAGCGCGGUGACACCACCGAUGAGAAAGUUAUCCACGAUUCCACUGCCUGGGAUUUCUUCGAACACCAAAGGUUUUGGCAACUCUGCAACCGGCAAGGGCGUGCCAGUUGUAAAAGGCUCUCACAAGGUUUCUGCACCUUUAUCCAAAACGCCUGCAAGGUCGACUGCGGCUAACCCGACGACUCCCCAGUUCAACAGACACUCCACAAAUGCAGAUGAUGCACGCAGCCCGUUGAGAAGACACCCUGCAAACGCAGAUGAUGCACGCAGCCCGUUGAGAAGACAACCUGCAAACGCAGAUGAUGCACGCAGCCCGUUGAGAAGACACCCUGCAAACGCAGAUGAUGCACGCAGCCCGUUGAGAAGACAACCUGCAAACGCAGAUGAUACACGCAGCCCGUUGAGAAGACAACCUGCAAACGCAGAUGAUACACGCAGCCCGUUGAGAAGACAACCUGCAAACGCAGAUGAUGCACGCAGCCCGUUGAGAAGACAACCUGCAAACGCAGAUGAUACACGCAGCCCGUUGAAAAGACACUCCGCAAAUGCAGAUAAUGCACGCACUGGAUUCUCCAGCAGCAAGAUUUCCCCGAAGUACUCAAAGAAGGAUUCCAUCAUAACCAGCCCGGUGGACCGUGCAAAGCCAUUGGCCAGCAACGUUCCGUCUGCGGUACAAUCGAAAGCACCCCGUUCUGUACCAACUCAGGCGAAGUCAGCCGUCCACGCGGAUGACCGAUCAAGGAAUUUGGGCACUGGAGUUGGUCACGCGAAGUCGGCUGCUGAGUCAUCCGCAAGAGCAUCGGUUGUCUCCCGUGGCUUACCGCGCAGGGCGGAGUUGGACAGGGAGGGCAGGACAAGCACGUACAGGGCUUCUCUAGAACGUUCCCCCACCGCCGCAGAAUCCGUACCUCGGGAGGGAAGAGCAUCUCGAGUGCGGUUGCUGGGGAAUAAUCUUAUUUCUUAUAUGGCAGAUCGCCUGGAUAUGCUAUUGGUGGAUGAGGAGGAACUGGAGCGAAAACAGGCGAGUGCAUCGAUUAUUCAGCGCGCGUAUCGUGUUUACAGGGCUCGUAAGCUUUUGAAGGACAUGCGGGAGAACCGCGGAAGCAAUCAUGUGCUGCGUGAAAUUGGAAGGGCGAUGGCGACUCGCAAAAUUCAGAGAUGGUUCCGAAGACGGUUACACGCAAGAUGGGGGACUCGCCGGCGUGUCGCAAAGCGGGAAGUUCUUGCCAGUGAACAACAUAAGGCGGCUAUACGCAUCCAGAGUAAGGCUCGAGGCUGGCUUGCACGACGCAAGUUUAGACGACUAAAGAAUUAUGAAAAGAACUCCGGUCAUGCUGCACUUAGGGUACAGUCGUGGUGGCGGCAAAUUCUCGCAAAGAGGAGGUUGGCGACGCUGAAGAGACUGUACGCAAGCGCAAAAGCCAUUGCCGUUGAAAAGGAACGCCGCGAGCUUGCUGUCACAGUAAUACAGAGUCACUGGAGGAGACGAAAGGCGGAGCGGGAAACAAGAGUGGAGAGAAUGAAGGCCAGAGAGCUUCGACGUAAAAUUAAUGAGGCUCGCCGACGAAACGCAGCUGAGAAAAUUAAAACUUGGUGGCGCCUGCUUGUUGCCCGCGCGGAGCUUCAGCGUCUGAGGGAGGCACAAGCGGCCCGCGAGACGCGUCUUCGAGAGCACCAACGGAAGAUUGACGCGGCGACAAAGCUCCAGGCAUUUGGACGGAUGCUCAUCAUAAAGAGGGAGGCGGAGCCACUGCUGACAACGGCCCGCUUGAAUGCAGCCCGCGCAAUUUGUACAAGAGGUGCGGAAUCUCAGGCGGCGUCGAAGAUCCAACGCGCCUUCCGGGGCUACUACGCCAAGCGGCAGCUCAAGAAACUUCGCAGAGAACGCCGAAGAAGGCUUGAAGAGGCGCGGUGGGGUGCCCUUGCGACGGUUGCACAGCGGAUUGGUCGCGGCUUUCACCUCCGACAGAAACUUGGCCGCACUCUGCGAGAGAUGAAGUUGGCGGCGAUUGAGUUCUGUCAGAGAGAGCGGGCACUUGAACUGGCGGAUCGCGCGCGGGAGUCGACUUUUUCUGAGCCUGAACCAGCGAUGAUUUUUAUGGUUCGGGAAGAGUGCAGCGCUCCAGCGGUUUGCCAGCCCCUUGCCAAUGUUUUGGAAGGGACGGAGACGCUUCUUCCAGUCUCCGAUUCGCUUUCUAAAGAUGUAAAUAACAUGGAAGGAACCCCAAAUGAAUUGGGCGCUGCGGUGCCUGAUACAAAGAAAAUAAUUAGAAUGGAGGAGACUCCAAGGGAAGAACACAGUACGGAUCUAACUGAGGCAGUGCAGACACACCGACAGAAAUGGGGGAUAUGUCAAGACGGAGGAGUGCAGAAUGAAUGCCCGGAGAUGACAGCUGAUGAGGGAAAACCUUUUGGUCCACAGAAAACGGACGUUCUGCUGAUGAAAGUUGAGGGAGGAAAUGAGACGCGGUCAAAGGUUUCGCAUGUGUUACAGUAUCAAGCUGGAGAAGAAGGAGUCUUUCCGACCGCUCCCUCAGUUGUUUCUGAGGAAAUGAAACACGAAGAAAAGGCAGUAGAGGAGCCAUUGCAAGAACAGGGGACGACGGAGCACUCAGAAACUGAAUCCAUUCGCGAGGAGGGGGAGCGGUUAAAGAGACUUUCGGCUGCCAUCUGCUCAUGGGAGGAAGAAAAACUACGGGAAUUGGCAAAGAAAGAAGAGGAGGCAUUGCAAGAACAGGGGACGACGGAGCACUCAGAGACUGAAUCCAUUCGCGAGGAGGGGGAGCGGUUAAAGAGACUUUCGGUUGCCAUCUGCUCAUGGGAGGAAGAAAAACUACGGGAAUUGGCAGCACUUGAGCAGAGGCUGGCGGAAGGGGAGUUGCGCAUAGGCACUCAAAAGCUCGGGGACUCCGACGCCGCCGUGGAAGUAUCCAGGACAAGGUCAUGCGUAACAUCAGAUGCUGCAGUGUGUCGUACGUCUACACCGGAAUCAUCACCCACACCUGUGCAUAUGCCCUUGUCCACGUUGGCGCCGACAUCUUCACGGGAGGAGGGAGCUCGGAAGUUGGGCAGCCUAGAGGAGGCGUUGGCCAUUGAACGAGAGAAAAGACGGUGCGCUAUGGCGAAUGAGAAAAGUCUUCGCGAGGCACGUGAUGCAAUUUGCAUAAAGGCGAAUGAAUACCGUCUUCGGAAAAUUGCCGCGGCGGAGAGCCCCGAGGAAUUGAAGUCACUCGUCCCUCACCCACCUCUUACUCGCCGCCGGAAGGAUUUGAGGACACCCACACCGACGUACCCCGUCCCUUCGUUAACGGCUCUGCAAAUACGGCGGGAGCAGCGAGUGUGGAAUGCAGAGAGGAAGAAGGAAAUGGCUGCCUUGAACAUCACUCGUGUGGCGCGCGGCUAUCUUUGUCGUCAGUACUUUAGGGUGUUGAAGGCAAUAAUGAUGGAAUACGUGGAGUACAGGUUGGAUAUAGAUAGAGAGGAACCUCCCGUGUUGGAUCACGAAUUGCUGGACCGUUUUACCAAGAGGUACCGAGGAGAGGUGGAGCAGGCGCGUCUUGAGCGGUGCAUUACCAUCACACAGGCAUUUACGCGUGCUGCAGGAAGUGUGAUUAUGAUUGCCAACCGCAUGGGUGUUCUGAAAAUCCCGCAAGCCAUGUCUUCAAAGGUCCAUCAUCUUGAUAAUCCUUCCAUGACGUCAUUGAAGGGCUUCUUGCGUAUUGUUUUGGCGAAGAAAGAGAUUGCAGCUCGUAAGCAGGCUGUACAUGGUGCUUUGCAUCAAUUGAGGCAAGUCGAGGCCACUGCCACGCUGAAUGAUUUUGCAUGUGUGGUGCAAGCCAAAACUGAUCGUAUGGCACGUGGCCGGGCAGUUCGUGAUUAUUUACAAGAAAUGGAGGAUAGGGAUGCCGUUCAGAUGAGGGCCGUCGAUAAAAUUGUAAGCUUUUUGCUUUCAUUGGCUGCAAGAAAGGAGCUUUAUAUCCGUAAAAAAGCGUUUAGGGAACGCGUUCAAACUGAGGAGGCCGCCAGAAAGGUGCUUUCGUUUAUGCAGAUAUGUCACGCCAAAAAACAAUUAUGGAGGCUACGGUUGAUGGCGGGGGAAAAACGCACGAUGGACACCAAUGUCGAGGAAUUCCUGGAGCAUGCGGCGUUGCGGGUGCAGCGUGCGUACCGCUCUUACAGGGCACGCCGACUGGCGGAGGAGCAGCGUAAUGCGAAGGAGAAGUACUGGAAUACCAUACAAGCACAGGAAGAGGAGAUUACGGCGGCCAUGACUGCCAUUGCUGCAGAUGCGGCUGAUCCGACGGAGCUGUGGGCUAGCCUUGGCUGCCCCGUCUCUGGGGAAGUGGCGUCGGAACCAGACUCGGAUGUGGAGGAGUUGGUGCGGUUUGUGGUUCUGGUUCAACAGUGGGCACGAGGCUGGAUUGCGCGGCGGCGUGUAAAUGAACUUUGCCAACGACAUGAACGGAUAUUCUCAAACUGUGGGAAGCAGGAGGAGGAUGAAACUUCUGGCAAUGAAAGUGAUCAUUAA